UGGAUCAAAAUGGCGGAAAGGGAAGUUAGGAUGUUUGUAUUCUACUUAUGUUUUGGCUUUCUGACGACCAUUUCGUCCUCCCCUAUCUUACGCAGCAAUGUCAAACCGGUGUCCCCUGUAGCAGUAGAGGAACAACUGAUAUGGUUGAGUGGAGGGGGUGAGGGGGAGGUGGACAUCUACCGGACCCCCCUGCUGACUGCCACCCCCCGGGGCAGCCUGUUGGCCCUGUGUGGAGCCAGGAAGUACAGCUCAGGGGACGCAGGGCCCAAGUUUUUAGCCAUCAGGAGGUCAACAGAUCAAGGUCAGACGUGGUCUCCAACAGCUUUCGUGACGGACGAUCGCUCACCAGACGGCUUCAACCCCGGCUCCAUCUUUGUUGACGAGAUCACGUCCACCAUAUUUGUUCUGUAUGUGCACUGUGCCCACCACUACAAGUGCAAUGUGUCCACCCUGUUCCUGAUCAACAGUACUGACGAUGGCCUGACCUGGAGUCACCCGAGAAACAUCUCAGAACAGGUCGGAACCAUGACCUUCGACCCCGGGCCUGGGUAUGGCGUCCAGAAAAAGCUCCCCCCGCACCAGGGUCGGCUGAUCGUGUGCGGCCAUGGUGACCUGAUACUGAGUGGUGUGUUCUGUCUCCUUAGCGAUGACCAUGGCAACAGUUGGCGCUAUGGAGGCACAAGAAUGGGCAUCCCUUACAACCAGAGAAAGAAGGCAGGAGACUUUGACCCUGAUGAAAAUCAGCCACUAGAACUCCCGGACGGUUCGAUUUUGUUGAACGCGAGAAAUGAGUACGCGUACCACUGCCACUGCCGCGUCAUCAUGCGCAGCUACGACGGCGCCGAGUCCUUCCCGCUGGAACACCUGUACUUCGAUGAGACGCUGAUCGAGCCGCGAGCCAUGGCCAGUCAGUGGUACAGUAACGGGGUACUGUUCUUCUCCAACCCAGCACACCAGACUGAGAGAGUGAACCUGACCCUGAGGUGGAGUUAUGAUAACGGCACAACGUGGGCAUCCAGUCUGCUGGUCUGGCCGGGGCCGAGCGGCUACUCUGCCAUGACCAUGCUGAGCCAGGACAGCGGUCAUCUGUACAUCCUGUACGAGAAGGGAGCCAAGAGCUCCAUCGAGUCUCUGUCAUUGGUCAAGGUGGCGCUGUACGGGGGCUAGGGGUGUGAUGUCAUUGUCACCCCCCACCCCCAAACCUUAAUGUUUUUGCCUAAUGGUAGCCUGGUAUCCAGUCUAUCAUGGUUGGGGCAGGCUGUCUUCAGGGCUCCGAAGGAGUUUUGCACGCAAGGAGUUGAUUAGCCCCUAAUUUAACUUCCGUCGGGCAAAACCUACCGGGGAACCUAGCUGAGUCAGGUGGGGAAGAGCUCCAAAGAAAACCCAAUCCCCAACGACGAUAGACCAGACACCAUGAGUCUAGCCUUAUGGCUGUUACAUUUUUGUUGGCAGUACUGACAGGAAUGCUGUUGUGUGACCUCAGGUCAAUGGAUCACCUUCUUGUUGUGUCCCAGUCAAGCCUCACACAUGCUGGCAGAUGUGAUGGCAAUCAAUUUUACUUAGAUCUAUUACCUAUACCUUCACAAUUUUACCUGUUACCUGCAAUAUUGCAAGUUGUCAGAAAUCUUACCUGCAAUUCAGGAAAUAUUUUGCAACUAUCCAAUACACUAUCCAUCCCCUAGCCUUUUUAGACAUAUGGAGCCUUGAAUUAUGCUCUUGCAUAGCUCUGUAAUUAGCUACCAACAAUCUAGGCAUUUGUAUCCUGCUGAAUAGCUAGAUUUAACAUUGUUCAUGAUGCCUGGCCUGACUUUCUUCUAGACUGCAAAACUGUAUUUCUGCCUGCAAUCUGACAAUGUACCGUAAGGCCACUUCUUGCCGAUGUUUUCUUGUAUCACAUGUCACUGUGGCAAUACUAUCUAUACCCAGUAGGUAUUUUUCUGAUACUGUACUGGUACAGUCAUAGUGCAAUUCAGCCACUUGGGCCUGUAAUGUUGUGAUAUACAUGUAUCUGUCACCUCUCAGAUUACAAGAAUAUUGUCUAUAAAUGUAUUUUGUAGUCCACGAGGUGGAUACUUGACAUUUUAUGAAAUAGAUUUUUUAUCUAAUCUGAUGCUGAUAUAUGAAAAAUAUUGACAAUCAUGAGAUUAUAUAUAUGAUAUGUAGAAUGGAAUCCAUCCUGACUUUUUGAUAUACUCUUCUCAAAAAUGCCCAGUAUACAGUAAGACAGAAGCCAAGUUUUUACUGCAAUUUUAUUGCAAAUAAUUCCCUGACAAUAAACAGAUUUUUUUCACUGUU